AUGAGUCUCCUCUUGAGAAGUGUUGUCACGAUCAUUGAUGUUUUCUACAAAUACACCAAGCAAGAUGGGGAGUGUGGCACACUGAGCGUGGAUGACUUAAAGGAACUUCUAGAGAAAGAAUUUCGUCCAAUUCUGAAGAACCCAGAUGAUCCAGAUACAGUGGAUGUCAUCAUGCAUAUGCUGGAUCGAGAUCAUGACCGGAGACUGGACUUUACUGAGUUUCUUCUGAUGGUGUUCAAGCUGGCUAUGGCCUGUAACAAGGUUCUUAGCAAAGAAUACUGCAAGGCUUCAGGGUCAAAGAAGCAUAGACGUGGUCACCGACACCAAGAGGAAGAAAGUGAAACAGAAGAGGAUGAAGCGGAAACACCAAAACAGAAAUCAGGUUACAGAUAUUCAAGUUGGAAUGAGAGAGAUGAGCAUGGAUAUAAUUCUGGGGGCUCAAGGGGAGCUGUAAAACAUAGACAUGGGUCUAACUCCAAGAGGCUGGGAAGGCAAAGUGGUUUGUCCAGUUCAGAGAAUGAAGAGGGAUCUGAGAAAAAGCGCCUUGGGUCAAGUUCUAGUCACUCAUGGAGUAGUGGUUCCAGCUCUGAAAAGCUGGGGGAAAGAAGGAACAAGUCAAGUAUUAGUCCCUCUUGGGUAUCUGGGGAGGAAUAUGAAUCUGGAUCUGGAUCAGUGAGUGGGGGAAGGAAAGGUCAAACGAGUGGUUUGUCACAUGGAUUGGAAGUUGGUGGACAUGGGUCAAGAUCUGCUCAGUCAAAGAGUAGAGAACAAAGACUUGGGUCUAGCUCUGGAGAUUCAGGAGACGGUGGUUCUAGAAAUCCAGGGGGUUGUGAAAGGCCACAAAAAGCUUCUAGUUCUUGUCAGGCAGGUAGAUUUCGAGGACAAGAAAAUCAAUCUAACUGUACUCAUUCAGGAAGUAAUGGAGGACAAGGUCAUGGAUGUAUCUCAGGUCAGUCUUCUGGAUGUGAGUCCUCUGGAUCUAGUCAACAUAGUUCUGGUUCCUGUAGUCAGUCUUUUAGUGGCAGAAGACAUAGAUCUAGAAAUUGUGAUCAACCACAGAGCUGUAGAGGACAACAGCAGGGAAGAGGUUCAAAUCAGUCCUCUUGCUGUGGGCAAUAUGGUUCUGAAGAAAGUCAGUCUUCUAGUUGUAGUCACCAUAGGUCUGGUUCUUGUGUCCCUUCUUGUACUUCAAGUCAAAACAGGUCUGGCUCAAAUGAGUUUUCGAAAUGUGGUCAACAGAGGUCUGGUUCUGGUCAGUCAUCUAGCUGUGAACAACAUGAAAGAGGUUCAAAUCAGUCCUCUGGUCAACAUGGGUCCUGUGCAGCCAACAUGGAUCUGGCUCAGGUCAGUCCUCUGGACAACAUGGGUCUAGAUCAAGUCAACCUUCUAGCCAACAUGCAUCUGGCUCAGGUCAGUCCUCUGGACAACAUGAGUCUCAAUCAAGUCAAUCUUCUAGCCAACGUGGAACUGGCUCAGGUCAGCCCUCUGGACAACAUGGCUCUAGAUCAAGUCAAUCUUCUAGCCAACAUGAAUCUGGCUCAGGUCAGCCCUCUGGUCCACAUUGGUCGGGAUCAAGUCAGUCUAGCCAUGGACAUCAUGGAUCUAGCUCAGGUCAGCACUCUGGUCCACAUUGGUCUGGAUCAAGUCAGUCUAGCUGUGGUCAACAUGAAUCUGGCUCAAGUCAGUCUAGUUGUGGUCAACAUGGGUCUGGAUCAAGUCAGUCUAGCCAUGGAUAUCAUGGAUCUGGCUCAAGUCAGUCCUCUGGCCCACACUGGUCUGGAUCAAGUCAGUCAAGUUGUGGUCAACAUGAAUCUGGCUCAGGUCAGUCCUAUGGCUAUGGCCAAAAUGUGUCUGGAUCAUGUCAAUCUUCUGGCCAAUAUGGAUGUGGCUCAAGUCAGUCCUCUGGUCAACAUUGGUCAACCUGGGUCACAGCACAGAGAAUCAGCAUCUAGCAGAAGUCAGAGAUCUUCUCAUGGAGAGUCAGGAGAUACCACUAGACAUUCCCAGUCUGGCCAGGGACAAGCCACACAGGCAGGUUCCAGGAAAACUGGAAGAAGAGAUUCUACCUCUAGUCAAUCCAGUGACAAUGAAGGUUACUCAGGAGAUUCACAGAGAUAUUCAGGAUCUACUCAGGGUCAAUCUGGGUCUCAACAUAGAGACUCAGGGUCUAGCAGAAGUCAGAAAUCUUCUCAUGGACAGUCAGGAGAUACCACUAGACAUUCUCAGUCAGGCCAGGGACAAGCCACAAAGUCAGGGUCCAGGACAACUGGAAGAAGAGAUUCUACCUCUAGUCAAACCAGUGACAAUGAAGGUCACUCAGGAGUUUCACAGAGAUAUUCAGGAUCUACUCAGGGUCAAUCUGGGUCUCAGCAUGGAGAGUCAGAGUCUAGCAGAAGUCAGAAAUCUUCUCAUGGACAGUCAGGAGAUACCACUAGACAUUCCCAGUCAGGCCAAGGAGAAGCCACAAAGUCAGGGUCCAGGACAACUGGAAGAAGAGAGUCUAGUCAUGGCCAGUCCACUGAUAGACAAGGUCAC